AAAUACCAAGCUUCUCAUUGGGUUUACAAGCACUCUGAUUUUCUUCUUUGUUUCUGCUUUUACUAUUGCGAGAUUUUUCUAUAAUACAAAAAGAGAUGGAUCUUGAUCUUACCCCAAAGUUGGCAAAGCAAGUUUAUGGAGGAGAUGGUGGUUCUUAUCAUGCAUGGUGUCCUAAUGAGCUUCCCAUGUUGAAGGAAGGCAAUAUAGGCGCUGCUAAGCUUGCUCUUUCCAAGAAUGGUUUUGCUUUGCCGAAAUACUCUGAUUCAUCCAAGGUUGCCUAUGUUCUUCAAGGUUGUGGAGUUGCUGGAAUAGUUCUUCCAGAGAAAGAAGAGAAGGUGAUAGCCAUUAAGAAGGGAGAUGCUAUUGCCCUUCCUUUUGGUGUUGUCACAUGGUGGUACAACAAAGACGACACUGAACUUGUGGUUCUCUUCCUUGGUGAUACCAAAACUGAGCACAAGGCUGGUUCAUUCACAGACAUGUACUUGACUGGCUCCAAUGGAAUUUUCACUGGUUUUUCAACUGAAUUUGUUAGCAGGGCAUGGAAUGUAGAAGAGAGUGUGGCUAAGACUCUAGUUAGCUCCCAGACUGCUAAGGGCAUCGUGAAGCUCGACACUACCUUCCAAAUGCCCGAGCCUAAGCAAGGUGACAGGGAUGGCAUGGUUCUCAACUGUGAGGAAGCACCCUUGGAUGUCGAUAUCAAGGGUGGUGGAAAGGUGAUUGUUUUGAGUACCAAGAACUUGCCUUUAGUCGGCGAAGUUGGACUUGGUGCUGAUCUUGUCAGGUUGAGCGGAAGUGCUAUGUGCUCUCCCGGUUUCUCGUGUGAUUCGGCUCUUCAGGUCACUUACAUUGUCAGAGGCAGUGGCCGAGUUCAGGUUGUUGGCGUUGAUGGGAAGCGUGUUCUUGAAACGCACAUCAAAGCUGGUUGUCUGUUCAUCGUUCCGAGGUUCUUUGUUGUCUCCAAAAUCAGCGAUCCUGAUGGCAUGGAGUGGUUCUCUAUCAUCACUACCCCAAAUCCAAUGUUCACUCACUUGGCUGGAAGGACUUCAACAUGGAAGGCUCUAUCCCCACAAGUGCUCCAGGCGGCUUUCAACGUUUCACCAGAUGUACAGAAGCAAUUCAGCUCCAAGAGAACUGCCGAAGAGAUUUUCUUCCCACCACCAAACUGAUAUAUUCAUCCACCAUUCUUUUAAACUUAGUAAUAAGAGAGUGGUAGUAGUUAGGAUAGAGGUUAAGGAAUUUUGUUUUAGAUUUCCUUAUGGUGCAUGUUCGGAACAAGUAUACUCUUCAUUUUUUACAUUAAU